AUGGGCAUUUCCAGUGUGAUAUUGAAUGAGGAUUUUACCGGUAUUAACCAAAAUACAUUCAACAACUAUUUGAAAGUCUACGAACAACUCUUGGAUCUAGUUCCAAGCAACUUUUAUGAACACAUACAAUUAGAGGAUCCUAAGAAAAAUCUAAAACCUAUUAAUAAAGAAGAAGUUCUUCAAUCUAAUAUUACAAACACAAAGUUUAAUUCUUUGACACGUAAUAUUUCAAAUAAAUAUUUCGGAGUUUGGCGCCAAGAAGUUUUUGAAAAUCAGAAUGUGGGGGCAGAAAAAAAACCAAAUAAUUAUGGGAUUAAAGCUGAAAAAGAAUUUAAUAUCGAAAAUGUUUUUAAGAAAAGAUUUUUGUUUUGGAUUAUCAAUAACUACGAAAACCAAAGAGUUCCAAAUCUCAACACUGUAAACCAGGAACCAACAUUAUAA